AUGUUUCGUAGGGCAAUUCCGUUGGCAUGCAGUGCGGCGAGCAUUCCAUGGAGUGAAUUAAGUAAUGCCGAACUUGUGGAUGCUGUGAAUUCCCGCAAAAUUCAUUUUUACGGCUUGGAGCAGGCAUUACAGCCUGAUUACAAACGUGCCAUUGAGGUGCGGCGUGAUGUUGUCGCCAGCGUUGCGUCCCAGCAACCAGAUGGUGAGAGUAAAAAGAAUGCCUUGCAUGCUAUCCCCUAUGAGAAUUACGACUGGGACCAGGUUGUCGGCCAGAAUUGCGAAAACAUCAUUGGAUAUCUACCAAUUCCACUUGGUAUUGCUGGGCCUAUUCUCAUGGACGGGAAGCUGUAUUCUAUUCCUCUAGCCACAACGGAGGGGGCGCUUGUGGCCAGCAUCCAUCGUGGUGCCAGAGCCAUAACAAAAUCAGGUGGGUGCAAGACGCUCCUGUUAGGUGAAGGCAUGACGAGGGCCCCUGUAGUGGAGCUUGAAUCUCUAGAGGAAGCCGGAAAGCUUCACAAGUACUGCAACGAAAAUUUCUCAUCAAUAAAGGAAGCAUUCGAGUCUACAACACGGUUUGGGAAGCUAAACUCGCUGAAGUGUGUGCUGGCAGGGCGCAAGGCGUACCUCCGCUUCCGCGCUACUACGGGUGAUGCUAUGGGAAUGAACAUGAUUACAAAAGGUGUGGAUAAAUCCCUGUCACUGCUGCAAACACAGUUUCCUUCGAUGAAGGCACUUGCCCUAUCAGGCAAUUAUUGCACUGACAAGAAGCCGUCCGCGGUAAACUGGAUUGACGGACGUGGGAAGUCAGUCAUCGCAGAGGCCACAGUGCUAGGUAACAUCGUUGAGGAUACCCUAAAAUGUACAGUUGACAGCCUUGUAUCACUUAAUGUUGACAAAAAUCUGGUUGGCUCAGCCAUGGCGGGAUCUGUUGGCGGAUUUAACGCCCAAGCUGCGAAUGCCGUUGCUGCCAUUUUCCUUGCCACUGGGCAGGACCCAGCACAAGUGGUGGAGUCCUCAGCAUGCCUUACAAGCAUGUCAAAGUUGGGCGAUGAUCUUCUUAUCUCAGUGACAAUGCCAAGCAUUGAGGUUGGUACGGUUGGGGGUGGCACAGGACUGGGGGCACAGCGAGGCUGUCUGGAGUUAAUAGGAUGCAGCGGUUCGAGCAAGGAAUCGCCAGGUGCAAAUGCGCAGUUGCUUUCACGUGUCGUUGCCGCAGGUGUACUGUCAGCUGAGCUUUCUCUCAUGUCCGGAUUGUCUGCGGGCCAUCUCUUAAGCGCCCACAUGCGCCUGAACCGUAAACACAAAUGA